AAUCAAACAAGAUCACACAUAACUAUAUUUAGGCUUACACAUUGAGAGAAUUUGAUGAGUCAAAAUGCUUAAGUUAGUACUCCUUAAAAAAAAGUGAGAAAAGGUAUAGAGGGAGAAAAGAAUUGGACAACCACUCAAUCACUCUGGGACAAUUGGGUCGCAACUCGCACGCCCCAUGCUUAGUGUGAAGCUUGGGCGCCGCUGCAAUGGCGUCCGCCGGGAGCUGUUCUUCCCUUUCUUCAAGUUUCUCUACUCCACCACUGCUACUACUACCGGAGCAGAAACUGAACCCUCGUUCGUGACGGAGUUCCUCACCAACUCACUCGGAUUCUCCAGAGAAGAAUCCACCUCGAUAUCCGCCAAGGUAACCCGCUAUUCAUCCACGACCCGUCCCGUUCUAGUCCUCGAUAGUCUGCGAAGAAUCGGCCUCGAUUCGACCCAGAUAAGGAACUGCGUCUCCAAAUACCCCAGAUUGCUGUACUUCGACGCCGACAAAAACCUAAUCCCCAAACUCGAAUGUCUCCGGGAACUAGGGCUUUCCGAUUCGGAUCUCGCCGAUAUCCUCACGAAGGGUCCGGACAUUCUUGGGAGGGGAUUAGAUUCGAUCAUCAAGCCCAGUAUAGCUUCCCUCAGGCUCUUAUUUGGUAGCGAUGAGGAUUUGCGCAAGACAAUAAAGUCUUACCCUUGGAUUCUUGUUGCCAAUCAGGCUAUGCUGGAAAUUGCUUCCUAUUUUAAGGAGAUUGGCCUUUCAAAUAAGCAGAUUAGGUGGUUUAUAGCUAGCAAGCCGGACUCUUUGAACUUUCAACGCAAAUGGUUCGAGGAGAAGGUGAGCAUACUGGAGAACGAUUUCGGAAUUGUUCGCGGCUCAUCCUUGUUCGUCUAUGGAGUAUAUGCAAUGGCCAGAUUGAGUAAGCUGUCAAUUGACAAAAAAUGUGCAAUCUUUAGGAGUUUCGGAUGGUCUGAUUCAGAAAUUAUCGCUAUGUUUCAGCAUCAACCCUGUUAUUUUGCCCUCUCAGAGGGUAACAUUCAAAAGAAGCUGGACUAUUUCAUGAACACGCUUGGGUGGAAACCGGAUUACAUGUCCACUCGGCCCGUUCUGUCUUAUAGUCUGGAGAAGAGAGUGAUGCCGAGGGUUGAUGUAUUUAACGCUUUGAAGGAGAAGAAUCUGGAUAUCACCAUGCCCUCUCUUUACGUCAUCAUAGUCUGCUCAGAGUCAAAGUUUGUGAAGACAUUACUGCUUCCCUAUAAAGAUGUGUUGUCUGGCAUGUAUGAGUCGUACAAGAAAAUAGUGGGACGUUAAGUACAUUUGGUGACUAUCUUCUUGCCAAUGAGAGGUAUGAGAGAUCAUUAUAUUUUAUGGCAUUCUUCCCUAUGCUGUUUGUGAAUGUUUUUAACGAACUGGAAUCUAGAACUCAAACUUGAAUGUUACUGUGGGGGUUCUGAUCUCAAUUUGUUACUUAUCAUGGUGUUUCUUUAUAAGAAGUUAUCAAAUUGAUAAACAUAUUAUCAAUUGAUCAAGCUAGGUCAUCAAAUAUGCGCCAGUAAAUGCUUAUCUCCACAAAAACGGAUAAAUUUCAAGAAAAGCUCUACUCCCUC